AUGGGGUGUGGAGGAUCAAAAAACGAAGCAAAAGCUCCAACUACAGGGUCUAGCAACCAAGGCAGCUCAGCUCAGGUAAAACCUUCAGCAAAUCAGACUUCAGCUGAAGACCAUGAUUUGAUGAUUGAAAUCAGUGGGACAAGAACUGAUAAAAAAGGCAACCAAAUCUCAAUUUAUGACAGAUCAGAGCAGCGUCCUGAAGACAACCAAGCAAUGGUCGGGCUCUUUGAAAUGGAAGAAGCUGGAGCAGGAGAACAAGCUUUAGCUGUUAAACCAUGGCUUGGAGCAAUUAAAGCGCCUUCUAACGCACCUGCGUUCCAAAACCAGCCACCAAACAUAAAUAUGAGGCUUGAGUACGCCUAUGGGUACAGAUGUUUUGAUUCUAGACAAAACUUGUUCUAUACCAGCAACCCAAACCAAGUUGUCUAUAUGACUGCAGCCCUAGGUGUUGUCCUUGACAAGUCUAACAACACCCAAAAAUUCUUUGGAGCUGGCAAUGUAAAGCAAGCUAAUGGCCACAGUGAUGAUAUAUAUCUAAUUGCAAAGACAUUGACUAACUCCCCCCCCCCCCCCCCCUCCGUGAGCGAACAAAACCAUUAGAAAAAUCGCCAUUUUUUGACCAAAAACCCACCCUCCGUGAGUGAACAAAAAUUUUUUUAAUAGAAAAAAUUUUAAUGGAAAAAAAUUUUGAUAUAUAAGUGAUAAUUAGUAUAAUGAAAUCUAGAGCUAAUUCUGUUUAAUUUUAAACAAAUUGCGUUUUAAAACAUAAAUUUUGCAAAUUAAAUUAAUAUUUGCUUCCCAAUUUUUGCAAAUUAGGAUUUUUUUUAAAUUUCGAAAAAAAUAUUUUUUUUAUAAAAAUUUAUAUAUAAAUUUUUUUUUAAAAAAAAAAAUUAACCCCCCUCCGUGAGCGAACAAAAUUUUUUUGUUCGCUCACGGAGGGGGGGGGGGAGUAAGAAUUUUUUGAUUUUUUAUAUAAUUUAAUCAGUUUUAGGCUUUAUAGCUUGGCAUAACAGCCCUUGCAGUCACCACAAACAGAGAUUUGGUCGCUACUGGAGAAGUUGGCCAAAAUCCUAAAAUUUGUGUUUGGAGUGUCAGCAAUCCAGAAGCUGGCCCAAGAGUUGACGUAAAACUGGGUAGAGGUCGCAGAGCAGUCAGCUGCUUAGGCUUCAGCUUUGAUGGGCGAUAUUUAGCAGCCUGUGACAUGCAUAAUGAUCACUACGUCAGCGUAUGGGAAGUUUCAACUGGCCGAAAAGUUGCUGAACAAAAAGGAGGUCCAGACAAAAUUUUAGACGUCUGCUGGAGCAAAACUGAGCUGAAAUUCUGCACAGCUGGAAUUAAACAUAUUUAUUUCUGGACUUUAGAUAAUGGCACUCUAACCAACAAUAAAGGAUUAUUCGGCUCACAAGGGGAAGCUACUAAUAUGACUUCUGCCCAAUGGUUCGGAGAUGGUACAGCUGUGACUGGUGGCCAAAAUGGCAUGCUUUAUCAUUGGCAAGAUAGAGAACUCAGAAAAACAGUCCAAGUCCAUGGACCAAACCAAUGCAUCCACGCUCUUUCUAUAGUAAACGACACUAUCAUUUCAGGAGGCAAAGACAACAAAAUCAUCAUCCUCGACAAAAAUUUCCAGAAAACCAAAGAAAUUAAUGCUGGGUCUUGUCCAAAAUCCCUUGAUAUGAGUGGCAGCAAUAUUUUGGCAGGGUUAAGAGACGGCUCAAUCAAAGAAUUCAGCUCAAGCGGAAGCGCCACAGUCCUGAUGGAAUCCCAUUCUGAUGGAGAAAUCUGGGGCGUUGCCAAUGACCCAAGCAAUAAUAACGUCAUUGUGACUGUAGGAGACGACAAUAAAGUAAAAGCUUGGGACACUGCUCAAAGAAAAUGCAUUUCUUCAGGCACUCUUGAUAACGCAAGAGGAGUUGAGCGCAAAGCAGGCGCAGGAGCCAGCACCUUAGCAACCACCACUCCAAAUCAACAAGCACGUGGAAUUGCAAUACACCCUCAAAAUGGACAUGUAGCUGUAACCCACAAUGAUGGAAAAGUGACCAUCAGACAAGGAGUCAGAGCUUUGGACACUGUUGUAUUCACCUUAAAAGACCCUAAAGAAUGGAGCGAAGCUAUCAGAUACAGCCCAGACGGCAGCAAACUUGCAGUAGGGUCUCAUGAUAACGCAGUCUACAUUUACAAUGUAGCCCAGAACUAUAAGCUGAUCCAUAAGCUUAAUAAGCAUUCCUCAUAUAUCACAGCAAUUGACUGGAGCGUUGACGGAAGUGCUAUGCAUUCUACUUGUGGAGCUUAUGAGCUGCUUUUCUGGGAUAUUACCACUGGUCAACAAGUCCCAGAUGGCUGCACCAGGUACCAGGACGAAAACUGGGCAACUUGGAGCACUCAUUUCGGAUGGCCAGUUCAAGGCAUUUUUGGAGGGGUCGUGGAUUAUACCCAUGUGAAUAGAGUUGAUAGAAGCCACAAUGGAGAAAUGGUAGCUGUAGGGAAUGACUGGGGUUUGGUAGAAAUAUUUGGGUUCCCGAAUAAUGCUGGAGCAAAGUCACAAGCCUUUAGAGGACACUCAGAGCAUGUGAUGAACGUGAAGUGGAGUCAUGAUGAUAGACGCAUUUUUAGUGCUGGUGGGUAUGACCAAACUAUAAUGCAAUGGUUAAGAGCAUAA